GCAGAGGAGGAAGUGACGCCCCGGUUGCCGCGGCGAUCACGUUCCCGGAGCUGGAAGCGCGGCGCGGCGAUGCUGGCGGGCCGGGCGCCGCUGGGCGCCGCGGGCUGCGGCCGCCUGCUGGCCGCGGGGCUGCGGCCUCUGCUCUGCGGGCUGUCGCCGUGCCGGGUGACGGCGGGGCGGCAGUACCCGGCCCUGCGGGUGCCGCAGACGGCGGAGGAGAAGCGGCUGGUGCGUAAGGAGCAGCGGAGCAGCCUCACGGUCCGCCGCUUCAUCGCCUGCCCGCAGCUGGCGCGCACCGUGCGGCGCUGCCUGCAGCGCGGAGCCGGCCCCGGCCCGCAGCCCCUGCUGCUCGAGUUCGCGCCCGGUCCUGGAAUUUUGACUCGAUCUCUGCUUGAUGCAGGUUUUAGAGUGGUAGCUCUGGAAAGUAACUUAGAUUUUUUUACGGACUUACAGUCCCUAGAGAAUAGCCUGGAUGGGCAGUUGAAGGUGAUUCAUGGUGACUUCUUCAGACUGGAUCCUUUGGCGAAGGGAACUUUGAAACCACCCGCUGUGUCUUCUGAGAAACUUUUUGAAACCUUGGGUGUGGCAGCAGUUCCUUGGAGGGCAGAUGUUCCUUUGAAAGUUUUUGGCAUCGUAUCACAACAGUUGGAAAGAAACAGACUUUGGAGACUUCUUUUCGACAUGUAUGAAUGCAGUUGCAUAUACAGAUACGGAAGAGUAGAGCUCAACCUCUUUAUUAGUGAAAAAGAGUAUACGGUAUUAACAGCAAAGCCAGGGAGGUCGAAGGUUUAUCAAGCACUUAGUGUACUUGCACAGCUAGGGUAUGAAAUUGAACUACUGCAUAAGGAACCCUGGUCUUCCUUUGCAACCAAUUUGAAAAAUGGGGGACUGGCGAUACCAAAAGCUGUGAAGGUGCCAAAUGACCAUUUAUGUUUGGUACGACUGACUCCUCAGCAACAUCUGUUUACAGGAGGCUUGAAGCCAUCAAAUGCAUCUACCUUUAUUUUCAUGGUGAAACAGUCUUUUGCUAAACCUAAGUCUAAACUUACGGAUAGAUUAAAUUCAUGGAGCUUGGACAAUAGUGACAGAUUACUGAAAGCACUAGAAAUUCCCAAAAAAGCUGCAAUGUGUAACUUGUAUCCAGAAGACUACAAGCGUCUUUUCCAGGCUUUGCAGAACUCCGAUAUGUUUGCUGAAACCUUGUUCCAUGAUGAAGUCUUGACAAGUACAAGGACCAUGAACUUAUAAAUCUAAAGCUUUUGGAAGAUCACCUUUGCUUCUGAAAGAUUACUUUGAUGAAAAGUGAUUUAAAUAAAAUCGGACAUACUGUUAGCUAGAUGGUUUCCUGUCCAAACAGGAAAAAUUUAGCAAGUAACAAGAGCCCUUCUACAUAGGAUGAAUGUAAUGAAUUCACAGUUAUCUUUCACAAUCCUGCCUGGAAUGGACAAGCUUUGCACACAAUCCUAUCUGGAAUGGACAAGCUUUGCAACUUUUGCAGGACCUUAUUAGCUUGUGCUACUUUUGGAUGUACCACUUCAAUGCAACUUGUUACACUGUUUCUGUAUAUUUACAACAUUUGAAAAAAAUGAACAGACUAAAUUAUUGUUUGUCUGGUUUUUAUUUUAGUGCUUAAUGAUUUGAAUGGCCUUUUGACAGAUUCACAAAAUACAAAGGUCUUUACAACCACUGAAUCUGCUACAGUGUCUGCUUUUCUGAAUUUGCAGCCUAAAGUCAACAUAAUGCUAAUAAAUUAAUAGUGGUAUGUUAAAAAAAGACAAGGUAAUGACAGGGUGAUAAAACAUUAACUGUGAGUUGCUUAAAAUAAAGAUUGUGAUAUCCCUGAGGAAAAGUAACAGUUACUUCCUUUGAAAAUAAUAGGGGCAACCUGUACUAGUUUAUAAUACAAUACACAAUCACCUACAUGUGUAUAGGGAUUAUUUUAGGUCUGAAAGUCACCAGAAUAUUCAGUCCUGUAAUAAAUGGUUUUUAAAAAAUAAAACCAUCUUACUUGAAACCUUUGCCAAUAUUCUUCCUUAAUGCGUAAUACAUGUACCAAAAAAUUACUCAAAACCAUAUGCUAUUAAAAUUCUGUUUUUAGCAAUAG